CUAUUUCUUUCUGCGUUUGUCGAAUCGAGCGAAGGAAAUAAAGAAAUAUAUUAAAAAACGAGAAAAAAUGAGGAGAAACGGAGAGCUAUAAAAGCGCCUCCAGAGGGAGAGAGAUGGAGGGGGAGAGGUGGAGAAGGCUAUGAGGAGCUCUUCUGAUCUGUCGAUGGGGACUAACAGAUCUUAGACGGAGGAAAGAGAGGGGAUCCCCUCGUGUUCUCAUCGGAAGGUGGAACGCGGAUCAAUCGGAAGGAGAAUGGAGACGGAUCUCGGAAAGCUUUUCAUUGGGGGGAUCUCCUGGGAUACCAAUGAGGAUCGCCUCCGGGAGUAUUUCAAGAGCUUUGGGGAAAUUGUUGAGGCGGUGAUCAUGAAGGACCGGACCACUGGCCGUGCGCGCGGUUUCGGGUUUGUGGUCUUCGCCGACCCUGCUGUUGCGGAGAGGGUCAUCUUGGAAAAGCACCAGAUCGAUGGCCGGAUGGUGGAAGCCAAGAAGGCUGUACCGAGGGACGAUCAGCACAUACUUAAUAGAAACAGCAGCAGCCUCCCAGGUUCUCCUGCUCCUGGACGAACCAAAAAGAUAUUUGUAGGAGGCCUGGCCUCCACUGUAACAGAAGCAGACUUCAAAAAAUAUUUUGAGCAGUUUGGGACCAUCACAGAUGUUGUUGUAAUGUAUGACCACAAUACUCAAAGGCCAAGAGGGUUUGGUUUCAUAACCUUUGACUCAGAAGAUGCCAUUGAGAAAGCUUUGCACAAAAGUUUUCACGAACUCAAUGGAAAGAUGGUAGAGGUAAAGAGAGCUGUUCCUAAGGAGCUCUCUCCUGGACCUAACACACGAAUACCGAUGGGAAGCUAUAGCUUUGGUUUGAAUAGGGUUAACAACAUUUUAAAUGAAUAUAAUCCAGGGUUCAACCCAAGCUAUACAGGCAGCUUUGGAAUGAGGAUGGAUGGUCGGUUUGGACAAUUGAGUGGUGGUCGUAAAGGACUCCCUCCUUUCAGUCCUGGUUAUGGAAUUGGAAUGAAUAUCGAGUCUGGGACAGGUUUGAGUUAUGGCGGGAACUCUUAUUUCAGCAGUAGCUUUGAUUAUGGUAGAGCCGUAAACCCAUAUUAUGGAGGGAACUCAAGCAGAAUUGGCACUCCUAUUACAUAUGGGGUGGGUGCUGGUAAUCUGGAUUUACCAUUUAGUUCAACAGCUCGUAACAUAUGGACUAAUGGUGGCCUCAACUAUAACACUACUCCUACAAAUUCAAAUUCCUACAUGACCUCCACAAGUGGCAACCUUAGUGGUUUUGGUAACAGUGGCCUUAACUGGGUAGGAUCCUCUUCAUCUCUUGCAGCGCAUGGUUUGGGCAACAGUUCAGGCUUUGCUACUGGCAAUCAGAGCUAUGGAAUUGGUGAUAGUAGUUUUGGUUUAGUCGCUGGUGGUUAUGGGAGGAGCAGUGGCGCUGGCUCCAUCAAUACUUCCUCCACAACACCAAGAAAUGUAUAUGAAGGAAAUUAUACAGAUUCAUAUGGAGGUAAUCCAAUCUAUGGAGAUCCUACAUGGCAUUCAGCUUCAUCUGAGCUUGAUGGAUCUAGUCCAUUUGCUUAUGGGUUUGGUGCCACAGCUUCAGACGUCACAGCCAAGGGUUUGCCAGGUUACAUGGGUGGUUAUAAUGUUACAAAUCGAUAAGUGAAUAGAGGUAAAGGAGUAUAAAGGCCAGUCUGAUCAACCCCUUUUAAUGUUUGGCACACUUGAUAUUUUUCAACAAAGCGACACACAUUACCAUGAAGUCGUGGCCCAAAAAUUCUCGCUUGAAGGAGAGCCAAUGUCUUGUCUUUUCCAUCAUGAGCGGCCAAUCCACCACUAUGCAAUUCGUGAAUGAGUUGUUGUCGAAGGUAAGUAUUUGGAAUACAAAGUUGAUUUCCUUUGAAGAGAAAUCCUCUUUGAAUAGAAUAAUCACCUGCUGCCC